AAUGCUUUUAGUAACGGAAUCCUCCCACCACAACCAACCAUUCUCACAGAAUGCCAAGAUGCAAACACCACACUGCUGUUGCACUCCUUUGUCCUCUCAAUUCAAUGGCGCGACUUCGACUUUAGUGUUGUGGUGAAGAGUGGUCGAUGCACUGAUCUAAUGAUAGCAGGAUUGCGUCGGUGUGAACCACCAUGUCUAGUAGCAUCGGUUUGAGAGAUUUUAUCUUUGGCUUGCAAGGUGGUGGUGGUGGCGACGAAGAAACCGACAAAAGGAAGACUGACGAGAACAACGAAGAGACGGAUGGUUAUGAGUAUGAUGGAGAAGGAGGCCAAGGUGGCUAUUAUUAUGAUGAGGAUGAAGAUGAGAGUAGCGAUCAACCCAAGGUUGAAGCUCUAGCGGAAGAACGAGAAGAAGAGGUUCAAAAUUCAGCUUUGCUCCAGCUGUUGGCACCUGCUGAUGAUAGCGAUGAAGAAGACCAAGUCUUUGAUAAUGACGCCAAUGAGACAGCCACGUCUCUACUGGAUGCCUUGUAUAAAAAUCAGCAAUCUGCAAUCAAGACCGAAGCCGACGAUGAUGAAGACAACGCACAUGUUCCGACUCUCUUUGAGAAUCCAUUCUUGACUAGCAAGGUAUCCAAAGAAGACAACCAACAGAAAGAGUUUGACGCAUUCAAGCCUCGGCUUAUGCCAGGAGAACAUAAAGCAUUGGCAUAUCAAAUCAAUCAAGCCAAAAAGAAACGCUCUGCAGAAUGGGGGAAUAUUCAGCAAAACUUUAAGCGAAGAAGGUUCCAUUUUCGUGACGAGCCGGAUAUUGGGAAUGCCGUACUGCACCGAGCCAGAACAGUUCUGAGACACAAAUACAAGCAAAAGCGAUUGGGGGCAGAAGAGAAGAAGCUAACAGAAGAGGAUCAAUUACAGUACGAAAGAGAGGAGGAUCCAUCAUCCAACCACGUCAACAGCGACAACCAAAACGCACAGGCUCGCAAUCUUGUCGAUCAAUUCUACGAACGAAAGCAGAGUAUACCCGAUCUGGGACAAGGUGAUCCUGACAAAACCCAAGGCAACGACGACGAUCUUGUCAACAGUUCCGAUGAGGAGCAAGACAAUCUUCUGAAACGAUUAUCUCAGUCGCAGGGUGAAUUGCAGGAGAAGCGGGACACCCAAACAACGAUCUUGGACUUCAACAAGGAGAGGCAGCUCGAGGCCUUGAAAAAGGCCAAGAUUCCCGUCUCUGAAACCCUGGACGGAUACUGGAAUAAAGGUAUCAUGGCUCCCAAAGCCAAGGACUUGGAGUUUUCCUUCGGCAGAGAUGUGGCUCCCCAUGCUGUAUCCUCUCCGAGUAACCAUCGCCGACGCAAGAUACCAACGGCAACGACAAUCCAAACAGGAUCAAAGCUACAAUCCAGACCAGUGCUCUUGAGUAAAAACUACGACGGCAAGAGGUGGUCUGCUCAUCGUUCAGGCAGUGCAUUCUCGGAAUUCCCGUUGGACAACGCAGUGUCCAGCAGGAAGAGCACGUUUCUGCAUUAUCGACAAUUGGCAUGCAUGGCGUCAAGAUUCAUCGUGGCAAGCGCUGGACGCAUGUGGCGGCAUUCGCACGAAGAUAGAAUGUUGCGCCUCCUCUGGAGAUCACCCAUUGGGAAUCACAGAUACAGGCGACUGUUUCUACAUAUGAUACAAACCGAAGAAUACGCAAAGAACUUUGAGACCUUUCUCUUGCAUCGUUGGAAAGAUGCCAAGUCGCGAGCAAUUGUAGCCCGGCGGUUGGGGAUUCGACCGCUGCCAACAAGAGCGAUGCGCGGUGUGACGGAAGACGCUACUCUUGUGCAGUUGCAAGCACGGGCAGAGCGAGAACGAUUGAUCUUGCAAUAUGCGGAUGGCAAAAUGGAUGGUCCCCUCCCAUCACUUCACAAGGCGCAGGUUCCCAUCGUUCCUCCCAAUGUGGGUUACAUGUACAUUGCUGGCACCACACCUCCAAGUCCGAUGUUUCCCUUGGAUGAAACCAAUACACUUUUUGGGCCUAGUGACAGACAUCUAAACUUCCGACAUGUUUCUUUCGAUGACGCCACAUAUAAAGUCACGUUAUCGUCGUUGUUGAUGCGUCUGGGUAGAGCCCAACGAGAGCGACAGUUCGCAGAGCUAGCCUCAAAAAAGGAUGAUCGCAGCCACCUGCAGGAAUCUGAUGAUGAAAAUGUCAAGGAGCAACGCUACCAAACUUUGGAACGCAAGAUAUGCCAGCUACAAGAUCAGUUAUUUGUCCUUUUGGAUCGGGCGCCCGCCGUGGCUGCCGAGAAGAAUACUCAGAGACGACUGCUUUUGUACUAUCCUGGCAUUGAGAUUCAAAUGGUUCAGUUUUAUCGAUCGUUGAUGGGAUUCUGCAGCUUUGCUGCUAGUGGUAUCCCACAGCAACUCAAAGCAAACAGCAAUUAUGAUGACAACAAUGAUGCACAGCCAAAUCGGCCCGAGGCGACAGUGUUGAAAAUGGAUGAAGUGGCUCUCAAACUGCAUGACUUUCUGGCCCUUCACGUAACAAGUCCUGUACUACGGCUCUUUCCACGGAUACAUGUCACGUUUGCUUUGACUAGCAUUGCCAAGGUAUUACCUACUUCAGUGGCCGAAAUUCUGGCGCGCCCCUUGGACGACCACAGGCACAGGACACCAAUGGACAUCUUUCGCCUGAGCCUCGAGUACAUGGAGGAGAACGAUAUGAUAGUGGAAGAUCACAUAUCCGCAGAAUGGGAUGGCGAGGACAUCGAGAACCAGAUUAAUGUUGGGGAACUGGAGUAUUUGAUGAACAAGGCUGUGAUCAUGAUGAACGAGUGUGUCAGGAAGAACCCAGUUGAUUCCUUCCUACACGAAUGGCGUUUGGCGGUUCUAUGUGCUUCACUUCUGUUGUGUUCUGGCCACAGACUGGGCACGGAAGCUCUCCCGCUGCCGUCGUCUUCAUACUCGAAGCGUUCCACUGGUAAUGACUUCGACGUUUCUUUAAAGGAAGAUUCCACAGCAAUCUCGAAUCCUUGCCCCCGACAAACUCUGCAUCAAUUUGAGAAUGUGAAGCGCAAUAUCAAGGAGGCCCUACGACUAUUGACGCAGCUAGCAAUUCAGCAAGGGCAAUCUUCACGUGCUCACCUUUCCAUAUCCUCAUUUUGGGAAUGGAAGCAAGUCGCUGCGCUUGUUCUUGGUCGUUCCUGUUGGGAAACGAAAAGAUUAGAAGAUGUUCGCCGAAGCCACUUCUAUCACGCCGCGCAAUGGGCGCUUCAGAAUCCAUCGGAGACCGGUUUUUGCUUCCUAGAAGACUUGAGUCAGCCUCAAAGUUCGUGCUGCGAUCUUCGACUGAAGCGUUUGGCCGUUGCUUUAGAAGCUGAUCCAAACGGCAUCGGAAACUGGAGAGCGCUCACUCAAGCACUUGGCCCCCUUGGAUAUCGACGCUCGAGCGAUGUUCCAUCAGGCUGUUCUCCAGACACUUGCAAACAUUGUACUCUAUUGAGGGAGGGAUUCACAUGGGAUCAUCUCAGCCAGCAAUUGAGUAAAGUCUCGGGGGAAUGGUGGGGCACUGAUGCUGUUUCUUGGUGGUACCCGCACUAUCUCGUUACACACAUGCAAGUCCCUGAAAAAUGCAGGGACGAAACCAAACUGAAACAGCUCAAGAAUGUAUUGAUCAUCGGUCUGGUCGACACCGAGAAAUUGGAAGACAACCCUGCAGCACUAAUCAACCUGCUACCGAGUCUCACGUUGAGCACUAUGCAGCCGCCUGAUUUGGGUUGGUUCUGGGGCAGAGACAACAAGGACGACGACGGCAAUUCACCUGAACUACCUGAGAAUGAAAAUAGCAAGGUCCAUGAAUGUCUCCCCCAGUCGUUCGAAGAAACAGGACAGUCAGGUCUCGGUGACACUUCCAAUGCUGGAACAGCCACGUUGGACUUGGAAAUGGAAGCUGUCUAUUUGAAGUUAGUGAUCACAUGUCACCUCUUCGGUAUCUCGCACCGAGGAGCCGUCGAGUCGAUUGUCGAAUUGGCCCGACGAAGCGUGCAACGAAACAACAAGGUCAACACGAGCUGUGGCGAAUGGAAAUGCCUUUUGGAGCUGCGACGUGUUGGCCUUGACGUGAUCAAAGUUGUGGAGUAUUUCGCAGAGCUCGUUUUGGUGGAAAACAAGAAACCUUCAAAGGAAAAGAACAAGUCGUUGUUCAAGCCACGUUUCACUGAAGUCGAGAGGGAAGCUUUGAAGGAUCAGAUUGAGCGGUUUGGAUAUGGCAGAUGGUCGACCAUGUCGAGGGAAUGCGACGCGUUGAAAAGCAGGGAUCGUUAUUACAUCUACGAUAUGUACAAGUGGAUGUGCGAGCACGGGGAAAUUGAGGAUGUACGGCAGGAGCUCCCACUCAACCGGCGAGUAGCCAACGAAAAGAACGUGCAACAGGAAGGUGAUGAGGAGUCGGUGUGUUCCGCUGAUGCAGAUUCUCAGGAUGAUACUCUAGCAGAAGCCAUCGCCAGAAUUGCUCGCGAGGAAGGCUUACAAAACGAUGCAGAUUACCAUGUUAUCGUUCCCAAUGGUACCACCUUUGCUUGCUACGAAGACGGCUUUGCUGAGAUCUGAAACGGCACGAUUAUGCUUCUCCAGCGUCCAUGGCAAGGCAUGUUGCAAUGAUUCAGUCCUCCCAGAUUGGACGUUCGAUAACGCAGUCAAUGACAGCUUUCAGGAUGUGUGUUGGGCGACCAUGGAGCAACCAAAGUUACAUGUGCUUGGUGGACUCAGCAUUACCGUGCUCUAGAUGGUUUCCAGCAGAGUGCCAAGCUCUGGGAGGAGCAGGAAAAUGCAUUACACCACUACCCAAGCCAUUACACACAACAUGCAAGUACUAUUUUAUAAGGGCAUUCAACAAGCUACCCUUUUUGGUUACAUGAGCACUCAACAAGUUGCUCCUAGAUUGGUUGGUUGUUGUAGUUGUUUACAGUGUGCCUAACACACAUCAAAGCCAUGGCUGUUGUUGAGUUUGUCUAGUGAUGAGGGGUCAGGUUGUUGUAUUCAAUAUCACCCUUCUUCUUGCCCUUGGCAUGCCUCUUCCUCAUGACAAAGGAUUGAGCUACCCUUUUCUUCCUUUUCUCAGCCAAGUCAACAUGGCAGAACAAUGCACCAGACUCAAAGCUGGGGAAGGUAACAUUCAAAGUAGAGGGAUCAACUGGAAAUGGGAGGUCCAUGGUGAACUCUGAAAUGACAUCACCUCUGACAUCAAGAAUGGAUCUCACAUACUGCUGCAUGGCAUGGCGCCUCACAUUGGUAUCCUCUAGGUUUUCCUUUGUGUGUUGUUGAUAGAGAUAAUAGAACUCCCCAAUAUCCAAGAGGUCUUGGUGCCACUUCUCACUGAUAGUCAGCUUCUUG